CGAUCAAAAAUCAAGAAUUCACAAAGCCAAAUCCUCAAACAUCUGAUUGCACCAUUUCACAAUCAAACUGGAUAGUGCCAUUACCAAGUAAAAAUCCAAAUCGUUGGUCAAAGGAAGCGAUCAAGAAUGAACUUGAAAAACGAAAGAUUGACUAUAGGGAUAAAGAAAACAAGCGAGAAUUAGUGGUAACUUUACAAAAAAGCUUUGAAGAGGAAAUACUAAAUGAAAUCAAAGAUACCUUGAUAAUGAACUAUUCAACGUUGACCAAUGUAAUAUCAGCAAACCCAAAAUUAUCAGAACCAAAAAAGAAAAAACGACAUAUUAAUCAAGAUAUAAGUAAUGAUAUUGAAAAAAAAGCAGAUCAUGAGUUGCAGGCAAUCUAUUUUAAUUUGGGAUGGGUACUUCGGGAACGACAAGAAUUUGGCAAACGAGGUGCCAGAAAACAUAUGACCGAAAAGGUUAGAAAUCUUUUGAAAACUUACUUCUUGAGUGGGAAUGUUGACAAAAAACAGAGAUUUACUGCCGCGACGAUGUUAGUUGACUUGGAAAAAAAAGCAGAAGCAGGAGAAUUAGAU